AUGUCUGUUUACCUCGAUGCCACAUUACAUCCAUUGUUAAAGCAGAGUGACUUCACACAAGAAGGAUGGAGAAUAGGGCCCGAGAACCCACGAGUGGCAAUAGAGGGGGACUCUGCGAAACCUGAAGACAGCAAAUUGGUGUUUAAAGGUGUCGUAUACAAUGAGAUGAAGGGGCAAAUGUCGGACGCUGGAUAUCUGUACUACAUCAGGUUUCAAGACCAUAUUUUUCCUGCCAUCAACAAUUCUGGAGGCGAUCCGCAAAAGAUGACCGACUUGACAUAUGAGCAAUUGAAAAACUUUCAUGCCGAGCAUUACCAUCCAAGUAAUGCUAAAGUUUUUACUUACGGCGAUAUGCCUCUGGCGGAUCAUCUUGUAGAGGUUAACGCUCAAUUGAAUGCUUUUGAGCGCAUCCAGGGAGAUAUGGAAAUACGAAGACCCAUCGAUUUAUCCUCUGGUCCUCAGAGUAUUACGGUUCCAGGGCCCAUUGAUCCAUUGGUGGAUGCAGAUAUGCAAUAUAAGACCUCAACUUCAUGGCUGGUAGGUGAUACUUCGGAUGUAUUAGAGACUUUCUCACUUUCGAUAAUGUUUGCCCUGCUUAUGGAUGGAUAUGGAUCACCACUCUAUAGAAACUUGAUCGAGGCUGGUUUGGGAACUGAAUGGAGCCCGAACAGUGGCUAUGAUCCUUCUGGAAAAGUCGGAAUAUUCUCCGCUGGACUAACGGGCGUGAAAGAAGCGGAUGUACCGAAAGUCAAGGAAGCGAUUCACAAAACUUUCCAAGAAGCACACAAGAAUGGGUUUGAGAAAUCAAAAAUUGAUGGUUACCUACAUCAAUUGGAGUUGAGCUUGAAGCAUAAAACCGCCAAGUUUGGCAUGUCGUUGAUGCAUAGAAUUAAACCUAAAUGGUUUGAUGGUGUGGAUCCUUUUGAAGCCUUGGCCUGGAACGACACCGUCGCCGCCUUUCAAAAGGAAUUCGAGAAGGGUGGUUAUUUGGAAGGUUUGUUGGAGAAGUACUUACUAAAUGACAACACACUCACCUUCACAAUGACCCCUUCGACAACAUAUGGGGAUGAGCUUGUAACUGAAGAAGCCGCUCGUCUCGCAAAGAAGAUUGCAGAAGUUACAGAGAAGGCUGGUGGUGAGGCCGAAGCUCGGGCACUGCUAGAGAAGAGAGAAUUGGAGCUUUUAGAAGAACAAGGGAAAUCCAACACUCAAGAUCUCAGUUGUCUCCCUACUGUUCAUGUCAAGGAUAUCCCAAGGCAAGACGAGAAAAUAGAAUUAAGGGAUUCUAAGGUCGACAACGUGAACGUACAGUGGCGAGAAGCACCAACCAAUGGACUUACGUACUUCCGAGCGAUCAACACUUUUGAAAACCUACCCGAGGAUUUACGGGCCUACAUUCCAUUAUUCACAGAUUCCAUAAUGCGCCUUGGAACAAAAGACAUGACUAUGGAGCAAUUGGAAGACUUGAUGAAGCUCAAGACUGGAGGAAUCGGUGUUAGUUAUCAUGCUUCCUCGUCUCCUACAGAUUUCAGGUCAGCAUCUGAGGGCUUGAGCUUUUCCGGGACUGCCCUGGAUCGUAAUGUGCCUGACAUGUUUGGAUUAUUGCGAAAGCUAGUUCUUGAAACCAAUUUUGAUAGCCCCGAUGCAGAACUUCGCAUUCGCCAGCUUCUGCAGGGUUCAGCCGACGGGGCAGUUAACAAUAUCGCUUCAUCGGGGCACGUAUAUGCCAGAGGUUAUGCUGAAGCCGGUGUCACACAAUAUGGGCGAUUGAAAGAACAAGUGGGGGGAUUAUCCCAGGUCAAGCUCACCACCUCACUUGCUUCAAGACCGGAGGCCGAAGGAUUGGCGGAUGUCAUCGACAAGCUCAAGACCAUCCAGCGACUCGCGUUCUCCGGGUCUUCCACAUUCCGGACUGCCCUCACAUGUGGGAGUGAAAGUGUCAUGGAUAAUGAAGCCGCUCUCCAAGAAUUUUUAUCGUCAAUUCCAAGAUCUGAAUUACCUUCUCGACAUAUUCCUCUCCCGGAUUUCACGAGAAACACCAAAACCUUUUUCCCUCUGCCGUAUCAAGUAUACUAUGGGGGCCUUGCUCUCCCAACUGUCUCUUACACGUCUCCCGCUGGAGCCCCUCUUCAAAUCCUUUCCCAACUCUUGACACAUAAGCAUUUACACCAUGAGAUCCGAGAAAAGGGUGGAGCUUAUGGCGGGGGAGCUUACUCGAGAGGGCUCGACGGAAUUUUUGGAUUUUACUCUUAUCGUGAUCCAAAUCCUCAAAAUACGAUGUCAAUCAUGCGCAACGCUGGUAAAUGGGCAGUUCAAAAAGAAUGGACGGAACGCGACCUGGAAGAAGCCAAAUUGUCUGUAUUUCAGAGCGUUGAUGCGCCUCAGUCGGUCAGUCAAGAGGGCAUGACAAGAUUUGUAUCCGGUGUAUCAGAAGAGAUGGUUCAGGAGCGACGCGAGCGUUUGUUGGACGUGACCAAAGAGCAAGUGCAAAAUGUCGCGCAAAAAUACCUGGUUGAUGCAUUAGAAAGCGGUCAAGGUAAUAUGGUUUUUCUCGGAGAACAAAAGCCUUGGGUCGAUGGGACUUGGGAGACAAAGAAUCUGGGGCUCGCGCAAGAAGAACCUGAGGUUUUAAGCGAGGAAGAUGUGAAGAAUGCCGCUUUCGGAUCAUAG